GGCCGGCAGCCCGCGGGGGCGAUGAGCCGCGGCGGCCGCUGAGGCUCCAGGGGCCGGGGCUUCGCGCACCGUCCUCACCCCCCGUCUCUUGCCCACUGGGGCGCGCGGGGAGGCCGAGAGGAAUCGGUCUCAGGCCUGUCUGGACCCUUGGUGCUGCGGUGGAAGUGAGCAUCUAAGUCUUGUGUAUGGCGUGGUUAAGGUUGCAGCCUCUCACCUCUGCCUUCCUCCAUUUUGGGCUGGUUACUUUUGUGCUCUUUCUGAAUGGUCUUCGGGCAGAGGCUGGUGGCUUGGGAGAUGUGGCCAGCACAGGGCCGAACAAUGAGUCCUGUUCAGGGUCGUCGGAGUGCAAAGAGGGGGUCAUCCUACCCAUCUGGUAUCCAGAGAACCCUUCCCUGGGGGACAAGAUUGCCAGGGUCAUCGUCUAUUUCGUGGCCCUGAUAUACAUGUUCCUUGGGGUGUCCAUCAUUGCUGACCGCUUCAUGGCAUCUAUUGAAGUCAUCACCUCUCAAGAGAGGGAGGUGACCAUCAAAAAGCCCAAUGGAGAGACCACCACCACGACGAUUCGGGUCUGGAAUGAGACUGUUUCUAACCUGACCCUGAUGGCCCUGGGUUCUUCCGCUCCAGAGAUUCUGCUUUCUUUAAUUGAGGUGUGCGGCCAUGGGUUCAUUGCUGGUGACCUGGGACCUUCUACCAUCGUAGGCAGUGCAGCCUUCAACAUGUUCAUCAUUAUUGGUAUCUGCGUCUACGUGAUCCCUGAUGGAGAGACUCGCAAAAUCAAGCACCUGCGAGUCUUCUUCGUCACUGCUGCUUGGAGUAUCUUUGCCUAUAUCUGGCUCUAUAUGAUCCUGGCAGUCUUCUCUCCCGGGGUGGUCCAAGUUUGGGAAGGCCUCCUCACUCUCUUCUUCUUUCCAGUGUGUGUCCUUCUGGCCUGGGUGGCAGAUAAACGACUGCUCUUCUACAAGUACAUGCACAAAAAAUACCGCACAGAUAAACACCGAGGGAUUAUCAUAGAGACGGAGGGUGACCACCCGAAGGGCAUUGAGAUGGAUGGGAAAAUGCUGAAUUCCCACUUCCUAGAUGGGAACCUCGUGCCCUUGGAAGGGAAGGAGGUGGAUGAGUCUCGCAGGGAGAUGAUCCGUAUUCUCAAGGAUCUGAAACAAAAACACCCAGAGAAGGACUUAGAUCAGCUGGUGGAGAUGGCCAAUUACUAUGCUCUUUCCCACCAACAGAAGAGCCGCGCCUUCUACCGGAUCCAAGCCACCCGAAUGAUGACCGGUGCAGGCAAUAUCUUGAAGAAGCAUGCGGCAGAGCAAGCCAAGAAGACUUCCAGUAUGAGCGAGGUGCACACCGAUGAGCCCGAGGACUUUGUCUCCAAGGUCUUCUUUGACCCGUGUUCUUAUCAGUGCUUGGAGAACUGUGGGGCUGUACUCCUGACUGUGGUGAGGAAAGGGGGAGACAUGUCCAGAACCAUGUAUGUGGACUACAAAACAGAAGACGGUUCUGCCAAUGCGGGAGCUGACUACGAGUUCACAGAGGGCACUGUGGUUCUGAAGCCAGGAGAGACCCAGAAGGAGUUCUCCGUGGGCAUCAUUGACGAUGACAUUUUUGAAGAGGAUGAACACUUUUUUGUGAGGCUGAGCAAUGUCCGAGUAGAAGAGGAACAAGUGGAGGAGGGAAUGCCUCCCGUCAUGCUCAACAGUCUUCCCUUGCCUCGGGCCAUUCUCGCUUCCCCUUGUGUGGCCACGGUUACCAUCUUGGAUGAUGACCAUGCGGGCAUCUUCACUUUUGAAUGUGAUACCAUUCAUGUCAGUGAAAGUAUUGGUGUUAUGGAGGUCAAGGUUCUGCGGACCUCUGGUGCUCGGGGCACAGUCAUCAUCCCUUUUAGGACAGUGGAAGGGACAGCCAAGGGUGGUGGUGAGGACUUUGAAGACGCAUAUGGGGAGCUGGAAUUCAAGAAUGAUGAAACAGUCAAAACAAUUCACAUCAAGGUAAUUGGUGAUGAGGCGUAUGAGAAAAACAAGAAUUACUUCAUUGAGAUGAUGGGCCCCCGCAUGGUGGAUAUGAGUAUUCAGAAAGCGCUCCUGUUAUCUCCAGAGGUAACAGACAGGAAGCUGACUGUGGAGGAAGAGGAGGCCAAGAGGAUAGCAGAGAUGGGAAAACCAGUCUUGGGAGAACAUCCCAAACUAGAGGUCAUCAUUGAAGAAUCCUAUGAGUUCAAGACUACAGUGGACAAACUGAUAAAGAAGACAAAUCUAGCCUUGGUUGUGGGAACUCAUUCCUGGAGGGACCAGUUCAUGGAGGCAAUCACAGUCAGUGCAGCAGGGGAAGAGGAUGACGAUGAAUCAGGGGAGGAGAGGCUGCCAUCUUGCUUUGACUACGUCAUGCACUUCCUGACGGUCUUCUGGAAGGUGCUAUUUGCCUGUGUGCCCCCCACCGAGUACUGCCAUGGCUGGGCCUGUUUCGUCGUCUCCAUCCUCAUCAUCGGCAUGCUCACCGCCAUUAUUGGGGACCUGGCCUCUCACUUUGGCUGCACUAUUGGUCUCAAGGAUUCAGUCACCGCUGUUAUUUUUGUGGCAUUUGGCACCUCUGUACCAGAUACAUUUGCCAGCAAAGCUGCUGCCCUGCAGGACGUGUACGCCGAUGCCUCCAUUGGCAACGUCACAGGCAGCAAUGCCGUCAAUGUCUUCCUGGGUAUUGGCCUGGCCUGGUCCGUGGCUGCCAUCUACUGGGCCCUGCAGGGACAGGAAUUCCACGUGUCAGCGGGCACACUGGCCUUCUCUGUCACUCUCUUCACCAUCUUUGCAUUUGUGUGCAUCAGUGUGCUCUUGUACCGACGGCGACCCCACUUGGGCGGGGAGCUCGGAGGCCCUCAUGGCUGCAAGCUUGCCACGACGUGGCUCUUUGUGAGCCUGUGGCUCCUCUACAUACUCUUUGCCACCCUGGAAGCCUACUGCUACAUCAAAGGGUUCUGA